GAGGAGAAGCGGCGCUCUCGAGAGUGCAAGGUCGACGGCUGCGUCAACUAUAUCAUCAACAAGGGCCUCUGCUUCCGCCACGGGGGCGGCAAGAAGUGCUCCGUCCAAGAAUGUCGCUCCAGUGCCAAGAACGCGGGGCUGUGCUGGCGUCACGGCGGGUCUGUGAAGUGCGUUGUGGAAGGCUGCGAGCGCCGAGGGAAAUCGCGGGGUCUGUGCUGGGCGCAUGGAGGAGGCACCAAGUGCUCGACGCCACUUUGUACGAAGGUGGCCGUGUCGAACGGCUGCUGCUGGGCACACGGAGGAGGGAAGCGGUGCGCGUACGAAGGCUGCAAGAAGGCUGCGUACGAACGCACACACAACUACUGCGUCAAGCAUCAC